AUGUCGGACUUGUCUCUUCAUUACAAGGUGCUCAAGCAGUUUCUUGAUAUUUCCGAUGAUACUCCUCGAUCCAAAACUUCUUCUAGUCGAGCCACCCGUGCCCGUGAAAAGCUCUUAAAGUUGUCUCCCGCCCAGUUUAAGGAACUCAGCACAGACGUAUAUGACGAGCUCCGCCGUAGAAUCGACGAGUCUCGUGGAGAACCCGAUUACUUGCUUCCCAAAUCGUCUUUUCAUCCCAAACGAAACCAAGCCAGACAAAAGCUUUCUUCGCUUCCACAGUCACGGUUCAAGGAUUUGGUGUCUGAUAUAUCGUACGAGAUCGAAAGGCGUGAUCUCGACCAGCCGGAACAGGCACCUGCUCAGUCCAAUGAAGGUGAACAUGAGCAAGAACAUGAACAAGAACACCGCUCACUUGACCACUCCAAAAUAUUGAAUCCUGAUGAGUCGCAAAAGUCGAUGGUUUCCGAUGUGCAAAAUCAGUCUAUUGGUCUCCAGUCGAAGACGGUGGUCCCCACAAAGGCCAACAUGGACUGGUCCAGUGACGAAGAACCAGAAGACGAUGUGACGGAGAAGGCUGAACAGGCUCGUGCCGUAAACGCCGACAUUCCCAAUGGCUCCGCCAAGGAAAUUGGCGAGUCUUCUGAACUGCUCAAAGAAAAACUCGCGGCGCUCGAAGCGGAGAAAAAACAGUUGGAAGAGAAAUACCGUCUUCUCAAUGAGGACUACGAAUACUCCACCAGACAGAGCAAGCAGCUCAGCAAUGAAGUGGAAGAUUUGAGCGAACAGAAGUCACAGUGGUCGGCACAAAAACAAGAAUUAGAAAGCUCUCUUCAAGAAUACCAGUCGAGGGUAAAACAGCUUGAAUCCGCAAAAGAAAAGUCAUUGGGUAACUCAGAUUUGUUCAAAGAAUUGGAGUCGUUGAAAACCGCCAAUGCUGCUUUGCGAUUAGAGAAUCAAUCCAUCAAGAGAAUGUCGGCUCGUUCUGAUGUCUCUUCGCCAUCUAAGAACCGUGAUAUUUCAUUCGGUAACCACAGUGUUCAUGGUACCAACACCAACGUAAAGAAGGACCUUGAAGCCAUUUUGGAAAAGCUUGAACAACCCGUUAAAGUGCCCAAGGCUUCCUCUGUGAGCACACUCAAAUCGGAGUCUGAAUACUGGCAAAAGAAGUAUGAAUCGCUUCGCGCAGACCAAGUGUCUUCUUUACUUUCAAAGUCAAUGUCUAAUCCAGAAUUGAACCACUUUUAUGCCCCUUCGGGCCUCAUACUGGCUUCUUCCAUCUCCAAAUUUUAUGCUCAGCUUGAGUCGUUGAUAACGGCGGUUGAUAAGGAAGCAUUGGAACCCGAUCUGUAUUUCGAAAUGGUAUCUCAAUUGGCCAUCACUGCCAAUAAAAUAGCUACCGAUGGAGACGAUCAUCUCUUGAAUAGUAACGAGCAAUCGAUCUUCCUCAGGGAGUCCAUCAGCUACUGCUUGACCACUGCUAGGUAUCAUGCGGUAUACUCUACGUUAUUUCCAAAGGUUGUCAUCGAACGUGCAUUGGGCGAACUCAGCUUUGCCGUAUGCGACUUGUUAGCAGUUUGCAAAAUCAAAUCUGACGCUGUUCCUAAUCGGAAGGAAGCAGACGCUGGGUCAAAGAAGGAUGAAAUCAAUUCAGGAGUUCGUCCUUUGCGCAUGGCAAACAAGUUGAAAGAGAUACAAAUCGGGAAACCCAGAGAGUCAGAGGUACCUGAGCGGUCCUCGUCCUUAACACUGGGCCAUGUUCCCGAUGGGUUGCAGAAUGGAACAAGAAAGCUUUCAGGCUUGAAUGACAACAGCCGCUCCCCUCUCUCUCCUCAAACGACACGCCAACCAGUUACUUCACGCAACAUUCCAGCGAGUCCCAUAAGCAACAACCUGUCAAAUCAUUCUACACCUACGAGGGCCAAAAACAUACUUGACCGCGUGAGAAUGUUUAGCAGCCCACCUGAUCAGUCGAAUGGAAAAGAUUCAAGUUCCAAAGAAUCAUAUGUCAAGGAUUCGUAUGCUAAAGAUUUGAAUGUCGAGGAGUCAAGGGCCAAGAAUCAGCUCAAUGUCAAAGAUUCGAAUGUAAGAGACUCAAACGCAACAGACUCUAAUGCAAGAGACUUAAAUGCUAAAGACUCGUACGCCAAAGACUCGAAUGCCAAAGAAUUGAAUACCAAAGACUCGAAUGCCAAAGACUUGAAUGUCGGAGAAUUGAAUACCAACGACUCGAAUAUGGAAAAAACUAAUGCCAGGGAAACGAAUUUGAAGAAUUUGAAUGCCAAAGACUCGAAUAUCGAUAUAACGAAUGCCAGAGAAAUAGACUCCAAAAAUUUGAAUGUCGAAGAAUCGAAUGCCAAUGAGUCUAUCUCCAAAGCUCGUCACUCGAAAGAAAGCUUUGAUGCUGCUAGUGGACAGGCAGACAUAGAUGAUUUGAAUGCGGAACCAGAAGAGCCUAUUGGAACAACUAUCAGCACGACUGCGACAACCGUAGGAGCGCCAAAAGGCAAAGGCAUUUUCCAAAGUCUUCGUGAGAGACUCAAUACCGAACCCUCGAACACAGAGCUGAAGGAUGCACCUGUACCUUCCAAGGAAAAAGGAAUGUUUCUGUCUAUUAGAGAUCGAUUCGUUCCUGCUGAGGGCACCUCCGAUCAGACUGUAAAGCUCGAAGAAGCACCAAAGAAAAUAACAAUUCCGGUUGCAGUUGACCUCAAAGAGGAGCCUCGUGCGCUCCCUGUGGAUGAAGCUGAGGCAACAAAUGGCUCCACCAAAGAAGACAUUCGAAGGAAAAAUGUCGAAUCUGCCGACUCAACUAUGAUCGAGCAACCAACUCAGGCUUCUUUAAUGAACAUGCACAAGCAAGCUGUGAAUAUCGUACCAGUUGAGCAACCCAGGGAAGACAAGCCAAAGAGAGUGAACUAUUCAAAUACAGUUGAAACUAUCGAGCACCCACCAGCACAGCAAGGUUCAGAAGAAGAGUACACCGAAGAAGAAGAUUCAGAAGAUGAAGAUUCAAAACAGGCUAGGGAACGCCAAGAGUAUCGAAAAUCGAUGGCUGCUGCAACAUUUAACGUUGAUUUGUUCGAUAUAGAUGAUCCUGACAACACGUUAACGCAAGUGUUACUCUAUCUUGAGCAUCAAACCGUUCAAGUUAUUUCCACCAUUCAAUCAUUAUUAUCAGCCAUCAAGAAACCAAAUGCUACUAGAGGCGAAUUGAGAGAAAAGUCGCAAGCCAUCACAGAGGUCAUAUCUCAAAUGACUGAGGCCACCAACACUUCCAUGAACCAAACUAGAAAUGCUCAAUUGAAGGAGCACGGUAAGUGGGUUGUCACGAGCUUGGAAGAUUGCAAUCAUAGAAUGAAUAUUUUAUGUCGUCCAAACUCUGACAAGGCCGAUAGCAAUUUUGCGGACAAAAACUUCAAGCAAAGACUUGCAGGCAUAUCGUUUGAUAUUGCCAAGUGUACCAAGGAGUUGGUGAAGUCGGUAGAAGAGGCCAGUCUUAGAGAGGAGAUUGCUAAUCUUAAUGCCAGGAUAUCUCAAAGUGAGAUCGAAGUUUAA